AUGGCUCUCCUCCAGCCCAAUGCCCUGCUCAUCGGCGUGUGGUUGCAGAUGUUUGGGACCGGCGCGUACUUCGCCUACCUCCCCAAAUGCUACCAGAUCCUCCGCGACAAGCACCGCCAGGACGGGCUUUCGCUCUUCCUCCCCGUCGCCUGCAUCGCCAUCUUCCUCAUCACCACCGCAGACGUCGUCGUCGAAAUGACCCGUGCUUACCAGGCGUACAGCAUCGCUCCCGGCAAGGUCGUCGACCCCGCAGCAUUCUAUCGUCAUGCCGGUACCCCGCUCGCUGUGACCAAGGGGGCACUCACCGGUGUCCUUCAGUUCAUUUCAGACACAAUCAUGGUCUACCGCACUUGGGUGAUUUGGAACGGCAACAUUCCCAUCAUUCUCGUCCCCGCGGGAUUGUGUCUUGCCGCUACCGCUGUUGGAAGCUGGUCGAUCUGGACCCAGUCGCAGACCAACUCCCCGAACUCGGGCGUGCUCAUCUUCGCGGCGGUAUCCGAGCGCGUGCGCUACUUCUUCAUCCUCACCUUCGUUCUGAACGCGCUCUGCGCUCUUCUUAUUUGCUACAGGAUCUGGAGUAUCUCUAAGCGCACCCACUCCCACAACUUCCGCGAGAGCCCCACCCGCCGGGUCAUCUUCAUCAUCAGCGAGUCUGCCGUCAUCUACUGUGCCUUCGUCUUCGUUUGUAUCGUCUGCACCUCUGUGGGAAGCAACAUCUUCUUCAUCUUCCUCGAGGCUGUGCGUCUUCCCUCUCUCCUCCCCUACCUUCCCGCCCAGGCGCUGACUCGGCACGCGCCCCCACCAGCUCCCCCCUCUGACCGCGCUAAUCUUCACGAUGCUCGUCCUCCGCUCGAAGCCGAGCGACCGCAGCACGGACUCGGCUCGAACCUCGCCUCGAUCCGCUUCCGCAGCACCGCCGGGCGCCCGGACGGCCUCACCUCCCGCGGCGGCGGCGCCCCGAUCGAGGUCGGCAUCGAUCUCCAGCGGACGACGCACAUCGACCGCGUCCAGCACCCGUACGCGAUGACGGACGACAUCCCGCGCUCGCCUCUCAAGGAGGACUCGAACUACGCCGUCUAG